AUGCGUGCCGGUGCGCAAGCCAUGGGUUUCGGCGGUAUCAACUGCCACGUCGCGAUCGAAUCGGCUGAUGCACCGUCCAGCAAGCUGACACCCUCGCAAGACGUCCGCACGAUGAUGCGCGUCGUAUCAGGACACCGAGAUCUGGCGGUUCCGUUGAGUGUUGCGGGAGCUGCUGGACUUUUCGGCGAAACUCUCGCGAGUGAUCUCGCCGACCGCGCCCUUCCGUGCCGCAGUGGUGGCCGGACGUCCCCGCGCAGUUGGCCGAACGCAUGCGUCCAGCUUGCCGUGAUCUGCGAGAACUCCGCUCCAGCUUCCGGCCAGGUCAAGGUGGUGAGCAACGAGAUCUCGAUUUCGAACAGCGUCCGCCACGACAUCGGAUUCCUGUUCCCUGGACAGGGAUCCCAACAACCUCGAGAUGGCUCGCGUGCUGGAUCGAGCGCUUCUACCUCCGCCGAUUGGGUGUCACACCCAGUGCUGUCGCCGGCCACAGUCCUCGGGAGCCAGUUGACUGCGCUCUACGCGGCCGGAGCUUACGACCAGAAGACGCUGAUCACCUUGGCUGCGGCGAAGGGUGCGGCCAUGGCUGUCAGUGGUGGUGGAAACGGCGCAAUGGCGAGCCUGACCUGCGACCGAUCGACGGCUGAGGCGAUCAUCGCGGAGGCAGCAAGGGCGCUUGCCGUGUCGAAUGCUUUCCACUCCGAGAUGAUGAACGAGGCCGAACGGGAGCUGAGUCCACUGGCGCCCGUUGACGAGCAAGUCGGAUUCGUUGACGUCCCCCGUGGUUCCCUGCGUCGAAGGGGAACGCGUACAGACGCCACUGGCACUUCGCGAACUGGUCACCAAACAGGAAGUGGACCUGCUCGUCGAGGUCGGACCCGGCCGGUGCUGACCGGGCUCACCAAGGCGAUCAAUGGGACCGACGGCGUGCGCUGCUUCCCCGUUGCGUCCAAGUCCGGACGCGACGAGGACUUCAACGUCGCACUGGCCGCGAUGAAGGUGUUCAUCGAGAACCUGGCCGAGGCGAAGCUGACGGUUACUCCUGCUCCCGGAACCGCUCGCACUGGUACGUCCGGCGGGGAUCCGGCUGCGGCGCUGGCCGAUUACCUGAGCCGACGCGGGACCUUCCUCGUCGACGUCAUUCGCGCGGGAUUCACCAACGGCCACGAAUCUGUAGCAGCGAAAGCUCCUUCGCCGGUUUCGGCUCCGGUAGUCGAAGAAGGUCCGGCUGUUGCGGGCGCCGGGUCCGUGGAAAGUGAGGCUGAUCAGGAUCCUCGCCGAUACGACGGGAUUCCCGCCGAGUCGAUCACGACGGAUCUGCGUCUGCUCGAUGAUCUGAAUCUCGACUCGAUCACAUCGCUGAUCCUGCGGCAUCACCGCAUCCCGGUUCUGACGUUCCAGCAGCGAGUUCGGCGCAGUCGGACGUGUCGCGGAAUACUGCCCGAGGUAAUCGCGGAGGACACCGGAUUUCCGGUGGAGUCUCUCGACGUCGACCUCCACCUUCUGGACGACCUGAACAUGGACUCGAUCAAGGCCGCCGAUGCAAUCGCCACGGUGGCAACACGGUUGGGUGUUCAGGGUGACCUGGAUCCGGCCGAACUCGUCAACGUCAGCCUGGGUGAACUGAUCGGAAGUGCUCGAUCGGUCCGCGAAGGAGAAGUCGGGGCAGGCAGCAGCCGGCUGCCGGGCGCUGCCGGCGAAGGCAAGGGUAUAUCAGCCGACAGCUUCACCUGGGUUCGUGAUUACACCCUGGAAAAGGUUCGGAGCGAGACAGCGUUGCACGGAGUCCGAGACCUCACGGACACGACGUUUGUCGUCAUCGGUGACGACGCCGGUUUGGUCGGAAAGUUGGAAUCCGAACUUCGAGGUCGUGGCGCUCAGGUCGACAUUCGCACAUUCUCCGACAGCACUACUGCGAAUGCACACCACGUGGUUGCCGUCAUGCCGCGCGUGACCGAUGAUUCCGUCACCGAAAUCGGCUUGCGCCGUGGGAUCGAACACAUGUACAAAAUAGUUCCGGCGCAGCAAAGUGGAGGCGCGCGAACCACAUUGGCAGUGGUUCAGUUCACCGAUGUCGAGUUGAGCAAUCCAGCGCCGGUGCCGAGUGUGGCGGCUUUCGCCGCUUCGGUGCAUCACGAGCGCCCCGAACUGGAUGCGCGUCAUAGGAUUCGACGGCUCGACUGCGGACGCGGAGGUGGCAGCCACUGUCGUCUCCGAGUUGGAUUCGGUUGCACCCUAUGUGUUCGCGACUUACGACGCCGAGAUGGGACGCACGGCACUGCAACCGCGGGUUCUCGCCUCCAACGACUACACCGUCCGCGAAAGCGGAUUGGGAAGUUCGGAUGUCGUGGUCUGACCGGUGGCGCGAAAGGCAUCAUGGCCCAGUCGUGCUCUGGCCCUCGGUCGAAAGACCGGCGCCGAACUGGUGCUGAUCGGAAGCUCUCAGCGACAAGCGGGCGACGAAAUCGCCUCCACUCUUGCGGACUUCACGUCUGCCGGUUUGAGCGCUCACUACUAUCGCUGCAACGUCACGGAUGCCGCGGCGGUGGCCGGCGUCGUCGCCCAGAUCGUGAGGUCGAGGUGGGGCCGAUCACCGGGUUUGUACACGGUGCGGGGGCAAAUGUUCCGCGGCGGUUCGAGAGAGUCGACAGCGCUGCGGCUUUCAAGGAGGUUGCACCCAUGGGUCCUGGGCGCAGCCAACUUCGUCGAAGCGCUCGC